GUAUCUUCCAGUGUAAUGCUUUCACUUUACAAAACAUCCACCUAAAUUGUAUAUAUUAAGGGGACAAUGAAAGCAAAGACAGCGAAAAGAGCAUUCAGACCAUUUGUGUGAGUUACAAAUCUGCCUUGGAACUGAAAUGGCUCAGAUUCGCCUAAAAAUUCUCCCCAGUGUCCGCUGUUUAUUUGACAAACUGGUUCAACUUAAAGUUGAAGGCCUUGCUCCACACAAAACAGUGGAAUUAAGGUCAAGGUUGGUUGAUGACAAAGGAGUGGUUUUCAAAGCUUCUGCCUUGUACAAAGCUGAUGAAAAAGGUCUAGUAGAUGUAAGUAGUGCCCCCUCGCUGUCAGGGAGUUACACUGGAGUGGAGCCCAUGGGCCUAUGGUGGUUCAUGGUGCCAGAUACCCCGCACAAAAAAAUUGUAAAGAAGAACGUGAUGAGCCCGACUCUCGUCGACAUAACAGUCCACAAUGGAGUCACAGGAGAGGUCUUAGCCUGUGAAACCAAUGAAAGAGAAUAUCUGACUGAGGGCAUGAGGAGAAUUCCUGUGCAAGAUGGUCGUGUACGAGGAGUCCUCUUCAUUCCACCGGGAAAGGGGCCAUUCCCUGGAAUUAUAGAUUUGUACAUUUUAGGUGGAGGCCUAAAUGAACAGCGAGCCAGCCUCUUAGCAAACAAAGGUUUUGUUGUGCUGGCACUGGCCUAUUAUGGUUACCAAGAUUUACCCAAAAAUCCCAAAAACCUGGAUUUGGAAUAUUUUGAAGAGGCUGUGAACUUUCUACAAAAACACCCAGAGGUUCGAGGUCCUGGGAUAGGUGUUAUAUCAAUGUCCCAUAGUGGUGCUUUGGCCUUGUCGAUGGCAUCUUUUUUGUCAGGAAUCACAGCAACUGUCUGCAUUAAUGGCUGCAGUGGAAAUACUGUGAUUCCAUUACACUACAAAGACAUUGUUAUCCCUCCACUUCCACCUGUCUAUUGGAAAUUAAAAAUUAGAAAAUCUUGGCUGAUUGACAUACGUGAUGUCACGCCGGAUCCAACUCUGAAAAAAAAUCGAGCAUCUUUAAUUCCAAUAGAGCGAGCCAGUUGCCACUUCCUGUUUGCCGUAUCAGAAGACGACCACAACUGGAGAAGUGCCUUUUUUGCCGAGCAAGCUGCUAGCAUUUUGAAAAGUCAUGGGAAGCAAUCAUUUGAGGUGGUUUGUUAUCCAAAAGCUGGACACUUUUUGGAGGUUCCUCACAUGCCAUUUUGUCCGUCUUCCUUCCACGCUGCAGUGGGAAGAGCUGUGGUGUUUGGUGGGGAGCCAAAAGCACAUUCUGAAGCUCAGCUGGACCUAUGGGAGCGUCUCCAAAAGUUCUUUAAUAAACACUUGAACAACUGUUAGUAAGCAACUUGCGGGCCAGGGAUCUAAACAUCACAUAUUUUACACAAAACAAGAUCAAUGCAACAAUGACAUUUAAACACUUGCCUAGUUAGCAGUUUUAUUUAUAACAUUCUGACUUAAAAGCAAAACCCUCCCCAUAACAGUGGCCAUGUGUAAGAUUGUCGUGGUUAUCUACGCAGUGUUCUUUUAAAGACUAUAAUGGACUGACUUUGUUGGUUAAACCUGUUUAAUGACAUCUAACCAGGAAUAACAUUCAUCAUGUUAACCGUUCUUGUGAUUGCGCGUGUGUACUAUUUCGGUCAUUUGUGCAAAUCAAAGAGGAAUGUCACAAGCUGCCGUGAGAGAACAAACAGAACAACCUAACAGUAUUUCUUUGAGCGGUCAACAAGUCAAGCUAAACCUGAACUAACCACUAUUCAAACAGUGUUCAGCAGUGUCAAAUUUAUAGAUGUGAAUACGAUACUAGAAAACAAGAGGUAUACAAAUUGAAGAGAUGGACACCUGCAGGGUACAAUAGUGGUUCGGAUGUCUGUUGCACACACAAGGUUCAAAUAUCUUCUGGAUGGAGGGAUUUUGGAAUAAUUUGGCUUCCUCAGUAAAUGUUUUUGAUCGAAUUCAGAUAAGUUCAUUAUUCUUUUGGAAUAUACGGUAAUUUCAGCGCUAUAAGGCGCACCAGAGCAUAUUGCGCACCUUCAAUGAAUGGCCUGUUUUAAAACUUUUUCAUAUAUAGGAUUAAGGCGCAGUAGUAGUAGUAGAAGUAGUGAUUGGGGUUGUGUUGUACAUCCACUAGAUGGUGCUGCGCUGAAGGGAAUGUCAUUCCAUGAUUAACCAAUAUCGAUCCAUAUACAGUGAUACCUCUACAUAUGAAGUUAAUUCGUUCCAGGACCUUGUUUGUAAGUCGAAAUGGUAGCAUGACGAGCAGGAUUUUCCCAUUAGAUCACAUUAUAAUUCCAUUAAUUCGUUCCACAGCCCGAAAACCUACACUAAAUCUUUAAUAAAUACUGCGGUUACUACUGCAAAUCGCAAUUACACUUAGCAAAACAAAUACAUUACGUAUAAAAAUCACAAUAAUGAUAUAAUAAUAGCAAUAAUAAAAAUAAUGCCUGUAAUAAUGUAACAAAUCGGCUUCUAAUGUGGCAGAUGUAUAUUUUGCGUGGUGUACCUGAACGCACCACAUGGCUGUCAGUACGGGGGAGGAUUUUUUACUAUAACUUUACAAGCUGGCGAUUUUUUUGGGCGACGUUACAAUAAUAAUAAUUGUCACCUUAACUUAUAAAGACGGAGGUGGACCGCCGAGAUCAUAGACCGUCUACGGCCAUAUUGUUGAUCCAGUUCACGGAUGCGCACCCCACGCUCAUAUUUUUCGAUUGUUUCCAUCUUCAUUUCGAUGGUAAGCCUCACCUUUUUCCUUGUUUCACCACCUACACUAACAUUGUUGGAACCCAUGUUGACUUCCCUCAAGAAAAUCCGCAGUGCGUCUGUUUUGCUGGAAAACAAAAACUGCGGCGCUGUCAUAAAUCGUCGUGUUUCGAGGAUGUCGUCGCAUGUAGAAACAAAUGGAGAGUCAAAUUUUACAUCAGAUGUCAAAAAGAUCGUGUGUCGAAGUUAUCAUAUGUAGAAGUACCACUGUAGAAGGCGCACUGUCUGCUAUUGAGAAAAUAGCUGUGCCUUAUAGUGCGGAAAGUACGGUAUGCAUUUUGUUUGAUUUUUUUUUUUUCAUAACGUAGAGUGUGUCCCUCGUUUGAAUAAAGAAUGGGAAACUAGUGUAUUAAAAAAAAUGGAUGCCA